CUCUGCUUGCCUUGCAGUCUCCACGGCACCUCUUGUUUUUGUGUGAGUGUGAGCCACCGCUUGAACUCUUCACGCGACUGGAGAAAUUUACGGAUAAAUUAGCUUGUCGGCUUCGUGGGAACAGCGAAGGACAAGUUGUGCACGAAUGAAGAGACGUUGUUUUUAGGGGAAGAAGGCAGACUGCCUGGCUGUCUUUACUUCCAACCAGCGUUAAAGCUACUUUGAUGCCGCCGCUUAGCUAACAAGCUAACUGUGAAUGUUUUCAGAAACUAGCCAGUCUAUUAGCCUGCUAGCUAGCUAAAUUGGAUGGAAAACUUGGCUGUAUAGAUUUAACAAACGGCUAUAAUGAUACUGCUGUCUUUCGGUACGUUAAGUGAAAGACCCGUGGCAACGUCUCAAGCUGGGUAUGUUGAAUGUUAAGGGCUCCAGUCCCCGCUUGGUUGCUAAUUUCCAGAAGGGACAAUAGUUAACUGUCCAGGCAACAAGUCUGGCACACACCGCUGCUUUAACGUUACUCAAGUUUGCACUCAAUUCGUGCAAUGUUGUUAUUAGCAACCGUUUGAUUCUAGUUAGCUAAACAUGAGCACUUUGUGGUGAAAAUGAGCAAUAGGUAAUGUUACACAAAGGGGUGCUACUUGAACGUUAGAUCCCCAUUUUUAAGUGGAUCGGCUCACUGUUUUACAGGAGAAACUGGUGUCAGUUAGUCGAUACAACUGUUGACGAGGGGGCGAGGUGGAUGAACAUUAUAAAUCGCCCACAUGCUUUGGAUCAGUUCCCGGACUUGUGAAAGGCAUCUGAAGCAGAAGGUGGGAGACUUGAGCGCACAGCCCUUGCAGCCCGGGGGAAGAUGGCGGAGCGUUCCCGCAGGAGGUGGUGAAGCCAAAACUUGGGGACUUCUUGGAUUUAUCGCCGGACAUCUUAUCACAGAUCGUAGGACACAUGCAGGCCAAAAAACGGUACUUAACUCUGUUCUCCGCCGGCGCGUGUCUCAUUCUGUUGUUUUGUUUUGGGGGGAUACAAGUCCCGCUGUCCAGACGGGGUCCCAGCCGGCGCGAUGACCGCAGCCUCACCGGUUAUCAUCCCGGGGCGCGGUGGCGUCGCUUCCCGGGGUCCCUGCAGCCUUUCAGCCCUUGGGAGCAAGCCCAGAGCGAUGAUCACAAUGAACACAUAUCUCCAAGACAGAAGAGGGACGCCAACUCAGGCGUUUACAAUGGAAAACGCUGCAGGAUGGACUCCUGUUUUGAUUUCUCCUUGUGUAAGAGGAAUGGAUUUAAAGUUUACGUCUACCCCCAGCAGAAAGGGGAGAAGAUGUCAGAGAGUUAUCAGAACAUUUUGUCCUCCAUUGAAGGAUCCAUGUUCUACACACCUGACCCAGGACAGGCAUGCCUGUUUGUCCUGAGUCUGGACACACUGGACAGGGACCAGCUUUCACCCCAGUAUGUGCACAACUUGAAAGCAAAGGUCCAAAGCCUUCAUCUGUGGAAUGGGGGCAAAAACCACAUAAUCUUUAACUUAUACUCCGGCACCUGGCCUGACUACACAGAAGACCUUGGUUUUGAUAUCGGCCUUGCCAUGUUGGCCAAGGCCAGCAUCAGCACUGAGAAUUUUAGGCCCAAGUUUGACGUUUCGAUUCCUCUUUUCUCGAAAGACCACCCCAGGACAGGAGGGGAAAGGGGCUACCUGAAACAUAACACCAUCCCCCCAUAUAGGAAGUAUAUGCUUGUUUUUAAGGGGAAGAGGUACCUUACGGGAAUAGGUUCAGACACUAGGAAUGCUUUAUAUCAUGUUCAUAACUCAGAGGAUGUGGUCCUCCUCACCACCUGUAAACAUGGGAAGGACUGGCAGAAGCACAAAGAUGCACGCUGUGAUAAAGACAAUGCAGAGUAUGACAAGUAUGACUACAGAGAGAUGCUGUACAACUCUACGUUCUGCCUGGUACCUCGAGGACGGCGGCUGGGCUCUUUUCGCUUCUUAGAGGCUUUGCAGGCAGCUUGUGUGCCAGUGAUGCUAAGUAAUGGGUGGGAGCUGCCCUUCUCAGAGAUCAUCGACUGGAAUACGGCAGCUGUGAUUGGAGAUGAAAGGCUGCUAUUACAGAUCCCCUCAACAGUGCGCUCCAUCCAUCAGGACAAGAUCCUGUCCCUUAGACACCAGACACAGUUCCUAUGGGAGGCUUAUUUCAACUCUGUGGAGAAGAUAGUAUUGACCACACUAGAGAUUAUCCAGGACCGGGUACUGCAGCACACUUCAAGGAGUAACCUCAUGUGGAACAGUCUGCCUGGAGGCCUUUUCACCCUGGCUCAGUACUCUACAUACCUGGGAGACUUCCCCUUCUACUAUGCUAAGCUGGGUAAUAAACCAUACAACAAGUUUACAGCGAUCGUUCAUGUAGUGAGCCCGCUGGUCUCCCAGUCCCAGCCAGUCAUGAAGCUGCUUGUGGCUGUGGCCAAAUCCCAGUACUGUGCUCAGGUGAUCGUUCUGUGGAACUGCGACAAGCCUCUUCCUGCCAAGCACCGCUGGCCUGUCACCUCAGUCCCUGUCAUUGUUAUAGAAGGCGAAAGCAAGGUGAUAAGCAGCCGUUUUCUGCCCUACGACACCAUCCCCACUGAUGCCGUACUCAGUCUGGAUGAGGACACUGUGCUCUCCACCACAGAGGUGGACUUUGCCUUCACAGUGUGGCAGAGUUUCCCAGACCGCAUUGUUGGUUACCCAGCCCGCAGCCACUUCUGGGACAGCAACAAGGAGCGGUGGGGCUACACUUCCAAAUGGACCAACGACUACUCCAUGGUGCUGACUGGGGCUGCCAUCUAUCACAAAUACUACCAUUACUUGUACACCACCUACCUUCCAGCCAGUCUGAAAACCAUGGUUGACCAGAUGUCAAACUGCGAGGACAUUCUGAUGAAUUUUCUGGUAUCUUCUGUAACUAAACUUCCACCCAUCAAGGUCACCCAGAAGAAACAAUACAAGGAAACCAUGAUGGGACAGAGCUCCCGGGCGUCUCGCUGGGCUGACCCGGACCAUUUUGCCCAGCGUCAGACCUGCAUGAACAAGUUUGCCAGCUGGUUUGGCACCAUGCCCCUGGUCCAUUCUCAGAUGAGGCUGGACCCAGUCCUGUUCAAAGACCAGGUGUCCAUACUGCGGAAAAAGUACAGGGACAUCGAGAGGCUAUAACCCUCCAAAGCCCCCCCGCUCUGUGGACACGCACAAAGACCGAGCGAGGGGGCGGAUACGUUGAGAAACGCAGAGCCUUGCUGUGAUUGCACGGCUGCAUUAAUGGAGAAGCAAGUGGGACUGCGUACAGGGGGGCGAGGAGGAACAGAAACUUGAACAGAUGUGGAGGACGCCACAUUUGUUUCAUCCAUUUCUCCUUUCUAACCUUUCUCUUAUGUGUAUUGGGGGACAGCUGAGCACACAGGUCCCACUAUAUACACUAUGACUACCAACUGAAGGACACCUGAGGACUUUAAAACUGCUCGACUUUGAACUGAAGUGGUCAAAGUCAUGGAGUUAGGAUCAUAGCUUGCUGCUUCAGUGUCCCAACAGUGGCAAACCACUCUCAACUCCAACCCGCUGAAAAAGACUGUUCUGCUCUGUACACUCUGCACAGGUUCCUGGACGUUUUUGCGGACAGAAUAUUAUUGAUAAUUAUGACUAUGAAGAGGAUAACACUAUUUUGGAUUGUGUUUAGUUAUUUUUUUUAUACAGUGAACGAAUGGCCAGCACUGCUCUCUCUGUAUUGUCUUAAUUAAAACCAAUAACAGGGCGGGUGAGGAGAGGAAUGACAACCCCUUGACCAUAGAACUGAGUAAUCUUAGUUGAUCUGAUAUUCACAGUGCCUCAAGUUUAUCUAAUGGCGUUGGGAUCUGGGAGUCUGAGAAAAAAGACACAGUGCUGAAUGAGCACCGUGAUCUUGCUGCUUUUUCCUGUUUUUGUUUUUCAUGAUCUGCUUUAUAAUUGACAAAAUAAUGGAUCUUGUAGUAAAUUCUUCAGGUCAGCAUUCACACUUCUUCCUUGCUGAAAUAUAAUAGAAAUGUAUUUAUAUUCAAUUGACAAAUUUAUCAUUGUGUGCCAUUCUGAUUAUUUUUGGAAAAACUGCAACAGUGUCAAACAAUUAGGUAAAUUUCACUUAAUUUGCUACAUCGGAUUAGAUAUCCAUAGAAACUGAAUAGAAAUCCAGUCACAAUUCCAUUGACUUCUGUUUUUGUUUUUCAUUAAUUUUUAGCAAGAAGUCUUUUCCAUGUCUCUUUUUCAUGAAGGCUUCAAUGAUGAACUAGAGUUGGUACUCCGUGCUGGCCUGAAGAACAGUAGAAGAUCACAAGAGUUGCCUUGGUGAAGAGAGGCUGAGCUUGCCAAUUGAGCCAACCAAUGGUCUGUUAGAAACACAAACCACUGUGAAACUAUGGGAAUAGAUCUUUUGGAGCUUGGUUAGCAAGGGAUAUUUAUACAUGGUUAUUAUCUCUAUGCCACAGACCCAAUUUCAUUUUGUCCACUGACAAGUUUGGGCACUCGACAUGGGCUAACACUGCUUUUAUCCAGGAGCAUCAAACAGUGCUUGAUGCUUUCAGAGUCAGAGUUGACAUCAUACUAUGAAGACUUCUGUGUUUUUUCCUGCUUGUUAUGAACAAUUAUGACCAGAUUGACAAGAAAAGGCAUGGUGAAGAAAUUUAGAAAUAUGCUCCAUUAAGUAAUUAUUCUCAUUUGUGGUAUUCCAACAUAAAUACAUGUCAUUUGAGGCCUUUCAGUUUCUAGGAUAUUUGCUGAUUUGUUUUUCUGAUAAUCACAGAUCUAAACAGCUGUUCGUCUCAGUGAGGUUCAGAUUGGCAUUGUGCUUGGGUGACAUUCAAGAGGCAAAAAGUAAAAUUGGGAUGUUCAAGUAUCUUCCAUACUUUAGAAUGUCUCAGAAAUAUUAUCUUGAUGACUACAAAUCAGUACAUUGACUGACAAGUGUCAGUGGAUCAUGAACUUGUUCUUGUUUUGUUUUUCUGUUUUGGGUUGUUUUUUGUUUUUUUUAGAUUGAUCGUGAGGAUAAUACAGAAACUACCAAACAUGCUUCAUUUUAUUUCUGCCUUGAUAUGUCAUAUCUGAAAACUGUUAACACAAUUUGAUUAAUUUAGAAUGUGUACCUGUGUUUUUAACUCACAGACCAUCAUCACUUUCAAGUUUUUCUGUUCAUCAAGUAUUCAUGUAAAGUAUUAGAAGUCUAAGCACACCUGCCCUGACACCUCCUUUGGUAGCUUCAGCUUCUGUUUUGAUCAUUUUGGUAAGCUCCGUUAUUCUGUUCCCCCAAUAUGUGCCAAUCAAUCCUAUAUGACUUUUUUUUCAUCUGAUAUGAGGAAUGCCAUGCAUUCCCAUUUUUAUUUGGUUCAUUAAAAGUAUUUACUGUCUAUAUGAGAAAGUCGAAUGUGUAUGAAAGAGAGGGGAAAGGGAAGAGUGUGUGUGUGAGAGAAGGGAGCUGCAUGGUGUUUUUCACUUCUGAGAAUGCGUUUUAUCAGCCUGACAGCAAAUAAACAAUCCUAGUAUGACUAAACGCAGCGCUAUCAAGACAACUGAAAAUUGUCGUAAACAAAAUCACAUUUCAGAAAUGAACUCGGUGCAAUAUUUAAGACGACAUUGUCUCCAUCUUUUUCUCUUCUCCUUACUUAUGUUGUGUUUCAGAGGGCAGGGGGUCAUAUAUUGAUGUGCCUUCAGAAGAAAUCCUCUUCAUAGUUUUUUUUUUUCCCUGUCUGCCUUUUGCAAAAAGCAGGCCCCUGGUUUUGUUUCUGUUUUUUCUUUAUCAAUAUCCAGUAAUGCAUAAUGACUCCCAAAAGAUAAUCUUUAAUACUGGAAUACUACAAAGACUUAUCACCACACAUAUACUGACAUUCCUGCAUUUUGUGUUGUAGGAACUUUUUUUUUUACACAUACUGCCUUGUAUUACUAUACCUCCUAGUUGCCGAAAGUAUAGUAAUACAUGUAACAAACUCAAUUCUCUAUAAUACACAGUAUUUAUCGGAAAGGAUUGCGUCCCAACUGAAUCUCUGCCUGCUUCCUUCCCUCUCUUCCAUAACUGCAGACCUAAUUUUAUAGAGAUUAAAAUGGAAAGAUAGUGGGAAAAAAUCACAAUUUUGUAAAAGAAUUUUAU